CCAUCAAGGUGGUCCUUGCUGAACCAGUUAUCACAGUAACUUUUCGAGAUUCUUCUAAGGAUCAAGGAGUCCCGGAUAGCUUUGAUAGCAGUUGCACUGAGUUAUUGGAAGAUGCUGGUACCUGCUCCACUGCAUCCAGCGAUACCACAAUUCUGUCUUCUCCAGGUAGCACCUACUUCCUUUGUUCUGUGCCUUGGCCAGCUCAGUUUGUAAUUCCUACCUUCUCUUUUGACACGGAGCUCAUUCUUCAAGCAGCAAAUGAAGCUAACCUAAAGGACGGAAUCUUACUUUGCAAUCCUGCAGUAAAAUCCAACAUUCUGGACAAACUAGCAGAGAGCAUCUUUGUCUACACCGCCUAUCCAUCAAGUGCACAAAGGGAGCAGGUUGCUGAGGCCCUGGUUAUGAAACACCCAUGUUUGAGGGACCCAGUAUCCUUCAAUGGUUUAUAUAGUUGGCACAACAGCCUGAAGUACAAACUUGGAAAUUUCAGAGCAAAGGUGAAACAUCUUGGAAUACCAGAGCUAAAUGUCAACUGUCUCAAGAGAAAGUCAGCUGCAGAUAAAACCCCAGCAAAAACUUAAAAAAAAGCAAAGAAAUCUGAGGUAAAUUAUCUCCCGCCUCAUCCUCAAGGCGAAACUGAUACAUCCCUUGAAAAGUAGAGAGUGGAGCUUCUCUACGAGUACAAGAACAGAGACAACAACAGUGUCAUUAAUGAGAAGAUGGCAAAAACCUUCUCACUGCGUCGUAAAGAUGUGAUCCAGAAACCACUUGUUAUUGACUUAAAUGCUCGAUGGCCUGCCCUGCUUGAGUAUUCCCAGAUCGAGGAGGAAUUCCGGAGGAUCACACUGAAGCCACUACAGUCCACAUUCUUUGGGAAGUUGGACGAAAACACGCCUAAAUUGUUGAGACUCUACAGGAGGAAGGGAGGAGCUGUUGGGAAGAAACUUGAUGAGACCCUUGAAAUCAUGAAUGAGGACAACAGCAUUGAGUCCAGAAGAGAAUCUGUAAUCAGAGGCCUCAUUCUCUACCUUGGUGAAAAGACAGAGGAAUUAAUCAAGGACUACCGGGUAAAGAAAUUAUAUUUCUUUACCAUUUUCCAGAAUUGUAGCCUACCUGAAAUCUCCAGAAGUGCAAGGUGUCAGGGUGCUCUUCUGGAGACUCCAGGUCAGAAACGUAGGGCAAGGAAGGAGAUGUUUGCUCCUCCACGGCGAAAGCCCCGCCGCCGUCGAUCCACGCGCCGACAGAUGGCAGCCCAGGCCCUCGGCGCUCACCAGGCCCAGCGUCACAGCCCUCGCUGUCCUAAAUCCGCUCCCCGUCACUAG